UCUUGUUUUCUCAUGUAUAUUUAUAAUUGCUCUUCACCUAAAAAUAUAUGUUAUAUCUGAUUACUCGAUUAAUUGAUAGAAUUUUCAGUCGAUUACUUGAUUACUAAAAUGUUCGAUAGCUGCCGCCCUAAUAUAGUGCUUUUAUUGAUCGGACAUCUGCCUGUAACUGGGUGAAAUAAGAACUGUCACCAAUGUACAUGUUUACAGACAUUGUAUUGACAGUUUAAAAUCUUUGGAGAGUGGACACUGAAGACUAAUGACCUAAAAAGGUUCGCGCCGAGUCAGCGUAUACUGUAGUUGGAUUAGCCUGGAUCACUUACUGUGUUGCAUGGACUCUAUUGAGAAGAUGAAGCUCUGACUUUGAUGGCUAGCGGUCUUAUAUAAAGUGCUCUUGCUUUCAACCAAACCUUUUUUUGUUUUUGUUUUUCCCUCUACGUGAGGUGUGUAGAAUCGCAACUAGCUGAGGAUUAGGAAAAUAUCUUUUAUGAAUAGUAGAAAGAUAACAUGUCUUUAGUGGACUAGUCAAACUGUUUUUGUCAAGCGGAAAAUCUGGAAUGGCUGUGUUUUGGAAUUGGGUAAACACUUUUUUUAAGAACCUGAGAAGCAGAUGUCAUUAUUGGAGCUUGAACUUCCAUUGAAGUUCUGUCAGGAUAGAUUCUUCGUCACUCACAUUGCCUGACAGUGUCUCAUGUCAUAUUCUUAAAUUUAAUGCCUGAUCCUGAUGCAUUUGAAUCGUGCCCUCUCACGGGGGCAGAGCAGGCAGUAUGCAGGCUAGUGCACCGUGGCCCUCGACCUCAGGCCAUGCUCAAACCCUUACACUUGGAGUUAAAGGUAUUUGUGGACAAGGCACUUGGCAAGGAAAAACAAAGGAUGGAGGCAUCCUGCUUGGAGCUAGCCUUGGAAGGGGAGCGCCUGUGCAAGGCAGGGGACUUCAAAGGUGGGACAGCGUUCUUUGAGGCGGCUGUGCAGGUUGGCACGGAGGACCUGAAGACCCUCAGCGCCAUCUACAGCCAGCUGGGUAAUGGCUACUUCUACCUGAAAGAGUAUGGGAAAGCCCUAGAGUACCACAAGCAUGACCUUACUCUCGCCAGGACAAUUGGAGAUCGAAUCGGUGAGGGAAAAGCCAGCGGUAACCUUGGCAACACGCUCAAGGUGCUUUGUCGUUUCGAUGAGGCCACCGUCUGCUGCCAGAGACAUUUGGAUAUCGCUCAAGAGCAAGGCGACAAGGUGGGUGAAGCCCGGGCACUUUACAACAUUGGGAACGUGUUCCAUGCUAAAGGCAAGCAGCAGUUGUGGGGCUGUACACAGGAGCCUGGAGACCUCCCCCCUGAUGUUAGAGACACGUUACAAAGGGCGACAAGCUUUUACGAGAUGAACUUGUGUUUGGUCAAAGAACUGGGCGAUCGGGCUGCCCAGGGGAGAGCAUACGGGAACUUGGGCAAUACGCACUACCUUUUGGGAAACUUUGUGGAAGCCAUCAAGUUCCACAGGCAGAGAUUAUCCAUCGCCAAGGAGUUUGGUGACAAAGCAGCAGAGCGAAGAGCCUACAGCAAUUUGGGCAACGCUUUGAUAUUCCUGGGUCAGUUCAAUACUGCCACGGACUACUACAAGAAAACUCUGCAGCUGUCGCGGCAGCUAAGGGACCAGGUGAUGGAGGCGCAGGCCUGCUACAGUCUUGGAAACACCUACACACUUUUACAGCAGUAUGAGAGAGCCAUAGAGUAUCACCUUAAGCACCUGUAUAUUGCUCAGGAUCUUACAGACCGGGUUGGCGAAGGCCGAGCCUGUUGGAGCCUGGGAAAUGCCUACGUGUCCUUAGCCAAUCACAAACAAGCACUUCACUACGCUCGGAAACAUCUGAAGAUCUCCAAAGAAAUUGGGGACAGGAAUGGCGAGCUGACCGCUAGGAUGAAUGUGGAGCAGCUGAUGGAAGCAUUGGGUGUUAGCGACGGUGACCUUUCACCUUCAAGUUCAGAGUUUGAGAUGCAAGGAGCGAGGCCCAAAUUCACCAAGAGAAACAGCAUGGACAGCGUGGAGCUGUGGAAGUUGUCUUCCUAUAAGGACGGUGAGGGUCACGAGGUGGAAAGCAUACCCAGAAGGUUCAAGAAUCCGACUGCACAAAUGGAAAAAGGGAAAGGCUAUCCCGACAGCCAGUCUUCGGACGAAAGGCCCUGGUUGGACUCUCCUGUGGACACAGAAGACAUUAAUUUGCAAGUCCCACCUCUGGUGCCAAAACUUGGCCGUGACCCUUCCGAUGAGGACUGCUUUUUUGACCUGCUCAGCAAGUUCCAAAGCAGCCGCAUGGACGACCAGCGCUGCCACCUCGAUGAACCGCACGACGGCAACGGGCGAGAUGGUGCCACUCUGAGUGACAUGAUCGAUCCCGCGAUGACCACUUCUCCCCAGACAGAGGAACUGUUUGAUCUGAUCGCCAGCUCUCAGAGUCGCCGCCUGGACGACCAGCGCGUUAACGUGGGGAACCUUCCGGGUCUCAGAAUCACACAGAACAACCUGGGACACCUAGUAGGCGAAGCAGAGCAGGAGCCCACUGACGACUUCUUCAACAUGCUCAUCAAGUGCCAGUCCUCUCGUAUCGAUGACCAGCGGUGUUCCCCACCCGAAGCGGGACCUCACGCCCCCACGGUUCCCGACGAGGAUUUUUUCAGUUUAAUCCAGCGAGUGCAGGCCAAGCGCAUGGAUGAGCAGCGAGUCCACCUGUCCAAUGAUGAGCAGGACAGCCCAGAAGAGGAAUCUCCUGAUCCCGAGCCACCUGGCGGGUUCCCUAGCUAGGGACGCAGUUGAUACGGGGAACCCCGAAAUGAUCACGAACACGCAUUAAGACGCGCUGCUCGGAAGCAAAAAUGUCCUCGUGGAACAGGUGGUGUCAUUUUACUCAUAUGUGUAAAUAUAUUGGGGAAACGUUGCAUUUUUUGCACGAUUAUGAGAUUUCUAUUUGACUGCAGUCUGUUUUAACUCUUUCUAUGCCAUUGACGAUGAUAGACAUCCAAUCAUGUGGCUCUUAAAAACUAAAAACGCUUUUGAGGUUAUCUCUAGUUGAGAUCCAAUCCAUUAAAAGUGGGAGGGCUUGGCAGCGAAUGAACAAACGUUCAUUUGCUGCCAGCCCUCCCACUUCUAAUGGAUUGGACGUCUAUCACCAUCAACGGCAUUCAGUCAGUAACGAACAUACUGUAACGUGAACUCAAAUCUAAAGCCUUAAUCAGCAUUUUUUGGUUUCCCAGACUCAAGAUUGUAUUUAUAGAAGCACACCAACUAUUUGGGAGUCAUUUGAAUUCUAGAGCUCCAUGAUUUUGCACUGAAAUCUAGAAGAUGAUUUUUAGGGAAAUGAGUUACACAUUUGAUCAAUUGCUUUGUACAUUGUUAUUUUUUUUUUUCCCAGUGUUGCACCGAUACCGUUUUUAGGAUCCCGAUACCGAUUUCAACAUCCAGCUUUGUGGUAUCAGCCGAUACUGUACUGAUACCAGGCUUAGUACUAAAUUAUUGAGUACUCACUUGAACAUAAAGUAAUUGCUAUCUUGGCUUGGUCAAACAUUCUUAACUAAUUAUAUGCCAUUGAUGGCGCUAGACAUGGAUGUCUACAUGUGAUGAACUCAUAUAAAAUAACAGCAGAAGAAUGACCGGACGCCACACAAUUGGACAUUUCUCCUUUUUUUACCACCGUGGGCGUAGCUGGCGGCCAUCUUCGGUUGGGCAACCGGUGGUUUGAAACUAAAUCUCGAAAAUUACAUGUUCCGCAGGAUCGGCACGAUAUUUCUAAGUACGGUAUUUUUUGGACUAUAAGUCGCACCAGCCAAAAAAUGCGCAAUGAAGAAGAAAACCUAUAUGUCACAUUUUGAGGGGAAAUUUAUUUGAUAAAAUCAAACACCAAGAACAGACAUUUAAUCUUGGAAGGCAAUUUAGUAGAGAGUAGAGAACAACAGGCUCAAGUGUACAGUAUGCUAACAUUGCUAUUAAGAGUUAUUCGGAUAACUAUUGCAUAAAGAACAUACUAACAAGGGUGUAGUUUUGGUCUAAUAAUUAGUAGGGACGAUAAAGCAGCAUAACCUGCAUGUGCACUUUUUGCUGGGGACGAGACGUUAAUAAGACCAAACAGAUAGAUUUGUUACGAAUAUGAACCAAAUUAAUUGAUAGGCUCAGGGCUGUUAAGACUUGCAGGGGCCCAGAGACAAGAGACCAUUAUAGGGCCCCCCCACCCCUGCCACCAGCUUGUCACGACAACAUACGCAGUACUUUUAACGCUUUGCAAGCAAUGACAGUGUAAAUUUUCAAAUGAUUUAAUUUCAGAUGAACAGUUAAAUUUAACGGACAGUAAUUUUAAGGGGCAAAAUAUAAACAAUUUCCAUCUAUUGUCCUAUGUAGGCGACAGUACAAUACAACUGAGAGUGCUAUUCCUGCCUACUAAGCAACUAAACAAUAUAACUAAACAUCCUGUGACUGCCCCCUCCACAUCCCUAGGGUUAUCAAGCCCUCAAACAGUUAUGCGCCUAGAUUUUUUGAUAGCAAAGUCGUUUAUAACAUCGAUGAAAUCCACUUUUUGAGCAAGCUCACGCUCAGUGGAGAGCAUGGCUAGGUUGUUAAGCCUGCCCUGUUAUAUAGUGGAGCGUAGGUAGUUUAUUUUUAUUUUACUGAAGGCUCGCUCAUCUCCAGCUACAGUCACUGGCAAAGACAAGAAAAUGCCUAGCAGUGUGCUGUCUGUAAAUGGGGGUCUCCAGGGUAAAACGGACAAAUUGAAAAUAGUUUGGGGGCUUAGUGUGCCAUGAAACUGCUAUGGCAGCAUAGACAUAUUCAUCACACAUUCAAACACAACAGUUCUUUUGGCUUAAAAUACAGCAGUUUAUUUUAAAGAGGGGUUCAAGAGCAGAAACUGCUUUUUUAGCCUUGUCUGUUUUCUGCCAUAUAUGUAUGUUACUUACAGUAUAUUAUCCAUAUACUGUAGUUAUUAUAAUACUAUACUAUAACUUAUUACAUGACCAUAUUAGACCAAAACGUCACAAAAAUCAUUGAACUGAGACCAGAAUCACCCGCACAAAGAGCAUGAGCGCCCUCCAGUAGAUAAAAAAAGUUACUUCUGAUUGGUAUAAUGGAGUCAUGUGGUUAGGGUUCCGACGUCUCAUUGGUGAAACUGAGAGGGCUACUGUCAGCAUCUCUGGCAAAAUGGUAAAUGGUGUUAUACAAAUAAAGUCUAUAUCUAGAAUAAAGAUGAAAAAUGUAUAGACUUUAGUGUAGCCCAAAGUGGAGUAAGAGUAGUGUUUCUUCACAAAUCUACCCAAGCAAAAGUAAAAAGUACUGCGUGGUACAACUACUCUAAGAAGUACAUUUUUCUCAAAAAGUUACUCAAGUAAAUGAAACUUAGUAAAUGUAACACAUUACUACCCACCUCUGGUUUUCGCCAAUGUUGAAACCGAGGCUUUGAGCACCCUCUUGAGGUUUAGUGUGAAAAUAACGUGACAUUAUCAGAUAACGUGUUAAAAAUUUCACACAUAAGUCGCUCCAGAGUACAAGUCGCACCCCCGGCCAAGCUAUUGGGGAGGGGGACGCGAUUUAGUCCGGAAAAUAUGGUACUCUUCAAUAAUGAUGACGUCAUUACAGUGCUGUAUUGGUGCAACACUCGUUUGUUUUUUUGGGCAGCAUUGCAGAUUAAUAGUUAGCACUUCUGCGCCUCUGAGGUUUGGGAUUUAAAUCUUGCCUCUGUACUUCCUGUGAAAGGUUUGCGUGAGCUUCCUCCCACAUUCUUAAAACAUGCACAUCAGGUCCAUUUGAAGAGUAAAUCGUGCGAAUAGUUUUGUCUAUAUGAGCCCUGUGAUGGAUUGGCUAUUUUGUUUUGUCAAAAACAAGCAUAUGUGCGAAUAUAAAUGCCAAAUCUCAUUCCGAUGGAUUUCAGGCAAAGGACUGCUUGAAUUAUUGCUGCUUUAAGCAUCCAUACAAGACUGGUGGCACUGAUGUUCAGUGACUAUAUUGCUGUAGUUAAUACUAUGCAGUGAUGAAAUUUGCAAGCACAUGCUUGAUGCAACGCAUCAAACUGUGAGCAAAUACUUGUUGUACAGUACAGUAUGAUUGGAAAGUGUUAUCCAGGCCACAGUUAAUGCCAAUUAUAUACUGCGCCCAUGUGGUCAAAGCCCUCAAUUACCUCUGCAAUUUCAUGUAUUGGGAUUAUUCCUGUCUAAACUACCCAUCCACAGGAAUAGGACAGUAUUGUACUGUACAGUGCAGUGAACUUCAAGUUGACCCAUCCUGAAGCUCUGGAUGUUUUUUUAAUUACUCAAAAAAGGGCUGUGAGAAUUUUGCUGGGGAAGCUCCUUGUAUUUAAGGUAGAAACUGUUCAAGAUGGUUUUAAUCCUUUAUAGGGCAAGUGACUAUUUUUGGUAAUUAAAAAGAAAUGCAACUCCAUAAAAACCUGCUGUCCACCUACAUGGACAGCACAUUUUGCGUCAUUUAAGAUACAGUAUUAGGAUUUGGCAUACAAGUGUGACCUCAAAGGUUCUCAAUUGCACUGACCAGUUUUUUUGUUUUUUUUUUCGUUGCAUGAGUUUUUUUUUUUUUUUCAUCCAAUUUUUGCCAUCCGGUUUCAAAUCUGCCAUCAAAUUGUUUCUGUAUUCUUUAGUUUUCAUACAAUCGGCAUUUUUUAUAUUCUAAUAUUAUUGGUAUUUUACACAGAUUCUUUUAGUGGAAGCUAUAAGCCCACUUUGUUUCUGAAAACAUUUCUUUGGAAUCAUUUAACAUUGCACCAAAAAAAAAAUGAAAUCGAUGUUGGAAUAAAAACAACUACAGUUUACAGAAAAAAAAAAAAAUUAAGGUCAGAUUCAAAUUCAGCACCCUGAAAUUACGUAUUAACUAGUGUAUUGACCAGUGUUAUCUAAAUUACUAUUUUGAUUUUUAGGUAUUUUUUAAUUAAGAAAUGUUAUUCAAAAUUGAAUAACAUGCUUUAUUUUUUUGGUUUUGUUUAUUCAUAGUAUUCAUCUACUUGCCUUUCGAUAAAAAUGAUAGACGUCCAAUUCACUUAAACCGGGAAGUCUUGCUGCGAAUGCUCAUGUUUGUGUCCCAUUGAUGGUGCUAGACGUCCGAUCCAAUUUCCUUGGGAGGUGCAAACGUUGGACGUCAGGCGCUGUCAUUGGCAGCCAAUGAAUGCCCUAUAAAGGCUUAAACAGUGGAAGUUUAAUGGUACGAAUACAUACUUUAAUGUAUACAAAAGUGGUGCGUACCUCAUUUUUGUACCUCAAACUAUGACUCUGAAGAGAUAAAAAAGUAUAUAUAUAUUGGGAGCUGCAGUUUUUGUGAUUUUACUUGCGUACGCUUCAAUUUGUGACUGCCAUAAUUUGUAUAUGUACAGUAUAUAAAUAUAUUUUGUAUUUAUGUUCCAAUUGGAGGUUGCAAGUAAGUUGGCCAUGAUUUUAAUAAAAUGUUAGAGGUUUAUCGUGGAUAUGUGUUCAUUUUCCACUGAAUGCAGUGUUUGCUAGGAAAAAAACAAAAGGCCUAACAAAACUAGCUUUUUUGUGUUGGAAUGUGAACAAUUCACACAAAUAGUUGAAUUCACGCUCAUGGGUUUUGUUUACACGGCUUAAUUUUUUUUCAGUGGUUUUGUCCCAUUAUAUUUUAGCCUAAUAAGUUACCUGACACCAUUUUAGCGAAUUAGAUUUGAGCUAGAGCACUCCUCAUUGGUCGAGUUUUGUAUUUAUAAGGAGAUUACAGUUGUUAUAGUAGAGUCCAAAACACACGCUUACUCACUGGCCGGUAUUGUCAAAUUUUGCACCCCAUCAGAAAUUGCUACUUUCCGGUUUUGCGCAUGCGCGUAAUGUUAAAAAUUGCCACAAAUGCAGCAGUUCCAUAGUAAACACUACAAACUUUCUUUCAAGAAAGGAAUAUUACGUUUGAUCAUGGACAUGUAGAAAAGUUCUCCUCAGACACAUCUAGGGUUGCCACCUUUCAGAAAUAGAAAUAAGGGACGCCCCCCAUGCGCCCAAAGCCUUAUGGGCGAAAAAAAAAAGGGGGCAUCCUUAAAACUCCUAAAAUGCAUAGAAAUGUAUCUAUUUUUAGAUGAGAAAACUGUAUUGUGCACUAUGUGGGCAUGGCAGUUUCCUUGCAGCAGACUUUUUUUUUUUUCUGCAGGUUAGUGAAAACGAAGUUAAGAAUAUCGUAAUUAACAUUUGUGUUGUCGGCACUGAAUCCAGUCACGUGACCCAUUGACAAGCCAAAUUUCUUAAGGGAAUGUUCGAGGAAAGCUAACUUCCAGCAGCUGACUCGUCUGCAUUCUCUAUGAAGUCCAUCAUUUUGUUGGUGACCCCAGACUCUGGACUGAAGUACUGGACAGCAAGGGGAAACAUCUUCCUGCUCAAUUUAUUCGAGUCAUCAGUCUGUAUCGAGAAUAGGAUGGGUGAUGUCAAGAUCUUGAGCACGCCACCCACUGCCUUUGGACCCAGGACUUGUUUCAACAGUGUCUCUUGCUUUGUUCUCCCCAAAGUCAUUUUCUUCACCAUUUUGGAAUCGCAUAAAAUCAUCUGAUUGAGCAUGUGUCCACAGUCAGCACUAUUGUAGCUCUAGCCACGUUUUACUGUGUGCUAUACCUGUGUCACCUCAGCUGCAGUUAUUUAGAGGGUAGGAGUGUGAUGAUGUCAAAUUAUUGCUUUAAUUUUGGUAUCACUAUAAAUCAAUCAAUAGAUA